AUGAUUUCAGAUAUUCCAUGUGGUGCAUGUAUAACCCGUGUUUGCCCGACUGCAGUGGUGGUCGGGUCAGUCUUUGGGCAUUUGACGUCGUAUCUCGUGUACGGACCGCUGUUUGGGGAGACAUGGCAACGGGCAAUGUGUCUUGACAAAAACUCGGAAUUUUGGGCUUCCAAAGAGACAGGCUCUCUCAGUGUAAUGUAUGGAUCUUCUGUGCUUAGUUCGGGCGUACAAGCAUACGCGAUGGCUGCACUGCUUAAGCUUGCAGGCGGUGCUCGGUACAAAAAUGCAUUUUAUAUAGGAACACUUGUUUUUGCAGCGUCAUCUUUGCCAGCUGUAGUUGCUGCAUAUACUGUUGAGCGGCGCCCCAAAGAAUAUAUCUUUGUCAAGGCAGCCAUAGGGCUUACACAGACAGUUGGGCUUGGACUCGUUCUUGCGAGCUAUGCCUCGCGGUUCUCUCUAUAG